UCCUGAUCAUGGCGGGCAUCGUACGAUCAGAUAUUUGCCCAGGGAAAGAUGCCUCGUAACAUGCACUGCUCCCGUUAAUAUUUCUUAAGGAUACAUGCUAGAAAACGACCCCACAAUGUGACAGUAUCUUGUCGAAGAUGGUAACUUGGAAAGUGCAUAUCUGUUCAAAGAAUAACUCCCCAACUGCUGCAGGUCUAGCCUCAUCUGCUGCAGGCUACGCUUGCCUUGUUGCAUCACUUGCGAAGCUGCUUGGUGUUAAAGAGAAUGUCUCAUACUUGGCAAGACAAGGCUCAGGCAGUGCAUGUCGCAGCAUGUUUGGAGGAUUUGUUGAAUGGACAAAAGGAAGUGAGCCUGAUGGGUCGGAUUCGGUGGCUGUCCAGUGCUUUCCAGAAUCACACUGGCCAGAGAUGAGGACACUCAUUCUAGUUGUGAGCGACCACAAAAACGUCACAGGAAGUACAUCAGGGAUGCAGAGGUCGGUGGAAACGUCUGAUUUGAUUGCAUACCGAGCAGAGCAUGUUGUACCACAGGGGAUGAGAGAUAUUAAGGAGGAAAUUGCAAAGCGAGACUUUGAAACGUUUGCUGAUAUCACUAUGAAGGAGAGUAACUAAUUCCAUGCCAUAUGCCAAGACACGUACCCUCCAAUAUACUACAUGAACGAUACAUCCAAAGCUAUCGUCCAUCUUGUACACUCCUAUAAUGAUUGGCUCCAGUAAGAUUGCCUAUACGUUUGAUGCCGGUCCCAAUGCCUGUAUCUACACGCUGGAUGAACAUGUCUCACACUUCCUUAUGUCCUCCUACAACAUUUCUUCCCACUGUCAAAUGGCGAAUGUUACAUCACC